CCUUUAAAAAAGAUCCUCCCUCCCCCCUAGGAAGGCACCCAAGCCCUUAAACUAGUAUUCUAAGCUUGCCAGCCAUGGCUUCCAACAAGCUCUCUGCCAGCAUUCUAGUCAUCUCUCUCCUUUGCUACUCGACAGUCUCGACCGCUUGCGGUGGAUGCAAGCCAAACCCGUCUCCUCCGCCGGAGUCUUGCCCGAAGGACGCGUUGAAGCUCGGAGUCUGCGCCAACAUUCUCGGACUCAUUCCCAUUGCCAUCGGAUCCCCUCCUACGAGCAACUGCUGCGCCUUGCUCGAAGGCUUGGCUGACCUUGAAGUUGCCCUUUGUCUUUGCACUGCCAUUAAGGCCAAUGUGCUUGGAAUUAACUUGAACGUGCCUAUUGCACUUAGCUUGAUUGUUAGUGCUUGCCAAAAGUCAGUUCCUCCUGGCUUCCAAUGUAAUUAGGAAAUUAAGGGCUCUGGUGAUCAUCAGUUUGUUCUGGACUACUGUGUUCUUUGUUAGCUUUCAAGGUGUGUUUCUUGUUGUUGUUAUUGGUGGGUUUGUUUUCUUUUUGCUUUUUCCAUUGGGUAAUGUGUGACUUUGUUCAAAUAACUUGGCAAAGCUUUUUUGCCUUAAUUAAUGUGUGUUUUUUAGAAAUUCAUAUAUUUUCAGACUAUGCAUUUGUUCA